AUGUCUCUACAGUAUCAUCCCGAAUUUCUUCAAGAGGCUGGCCCAGUGCUACAACAAUUAGCACAGUUGCCCAAACCACCACUCCAUGAUGUUACGACCAGACGAGCCCUGCUGGCGACAAUGAUCAAGGAUCUACCUCCUCUACCAGAAGAUAUCGAAAAACUAGUCCAUCAUAUUCCGACCGCCGAUGGCCACCAAGUAGUGGUUUAUCACUUCCGUCAGCGAAGUGCAACUCACGACAGUGCCAAACCAGCUAUAGUGCACAUCCACGGUGGAGGAUAUAUCUCCUUGAGUGCUGAGGGGUGUUCAGUGCCACAUAUUGCAUCCGUCUCACGUACGGGUGUUCAGAUCUUGACGGUUGAUUAUCGACUUGCCCCAGAACAUCCGUACCCCGUUCCGCUAAAUGACUGCUGGACUGCGCUGCAGUGGGUUUACGAGAAUGCGUCCCGCCUAUCCAUCAACCCUACACGCAUUGCGUUGAUGGGCGAAAGUGCAGGUGGAGGCUUAGCUGCAGCGUUAACACUCAAAGCUCGUGAUGAGGCUCUAUCUCCGCCAAUCGCGAAACAAAUCUUGAUCUAUCCAAUGCUAGACGACCGAACAACCACCAAUCACGCCGGGGAACUAGCGUUCUGGAACGAGAUUGACAAUAUCACCGGUUGGACAGCAUAUCUCGGUCCAGAUGCAGGAACGGAAAAAAUUGAGGCAUAUGCUGCACCGGCACGGGUGGAGAGUGUUACGGGUCUGCCUCCGUUGUAUCUAGAUUGUCCGCAGUUGGAUAUUUUUGUCCAUGAAGGACUGGAGUAUGUGCGCAGAUUUGUGACGGCUGAUAUCCCCACUGAGUGCCAUAUUUAUCCUGGUCUUCCGCAUGGGUUCGAGGCUUUUGCGCCGUUGGCUGAUGUGACACAGCAGGUUCUUGCGAAUCGGGAUAGGGCUAUGAGGAGCUUUUGA